ACUGAGUUUGGUAGUUUACGCCUUUGUCAGCGUCAACCAUGUGAAAUUUAUAUUCGGGUAUAAAAAAAAAAAAAAAAAAUUCGUGAAUGAGACCCCUUUUAUUAGUAUUAUUCACUUCUGCAAUAAAGUAUUUGACAUGUCCGACUUCCCAUUAGCUAUUCCCAGCAAAGAGAACCACUUGAUGACCCUUUCUCAAGAAGGUCCACUUUUCAUUCUUCAUUUGCACAACAAGGACAAUCGUUUCACGACUGAAUUCUGUUCCGCUAUUCUUGACGCACUUCUUAUUGUCGAAAACAUCUUUUUGGCUUCGGAGGAUCCUGUGGAUAUGGCUUUAGUAACUAUCGGAAACGAUAAGAUUUACAGCAAUGGAUUGGAUCUGAUGCAUGUUUUAAGCACUGUUAACUUUAUGGAUGUCUUUCAAACCAUGCUUAAACGUUUUGUCAAGUUCUGUAUCCCCACAGUUGCUGCUCUCAACGGUCACGCUUUUGCUGGUGGAUGUAUGCUCGCUAUGGCUCAUGAUUACCGUGUUAUGCGCUCUGAUCGUGGAUACGUUUGUAUGAACGAAGUCGACCUUCCUUCUCCCAUUUCUCAAGGCAUGGCUGCUCUUUUACGUGAGAAAAUGGGAUCUAAGACAUACCGUGAUAUGAUGUUGCAAGGACAUCGUUUCACCGCUCAACAAGCUUUGGAUGCUGAGAUUGUAGAUAUUAUCUGUCCUGGUAAUGAAGUCUUGGAUAAAUCCAAGGAGCUUGCAUUGAAAUGGGCGCCCAAGGCCAAAUCAGGCAUUGUUUACGCACAAUUGAAGGACGAAAUGUAUAGUGGCAUUAUUUCCGGUUUGAGCAUGCCUUAUCAUCGUCUUGCUCCUAAGUUGUAAAUAAAUAAAAGCAAUCAUUGAUCUGACGUAUAUUUUUAAGACG